AUAGUUGAUGAAAGAAGAGCCCAUAGAUGAAUUCAUUGCAUCUGUAUGGUCAGACAUGAGUUACUGAUUAGUGGCUUGGCAGAGAUAGUCGUUUGGAAGAGAUACAGCGACUUUAAGAAGCUGCACAAAGAUCUCUGGCAAAUUCAUAAGAACCUCUGCAGGCAUACAGAACUCUUUCCACCUUUUGCCAAAGCAAUAGUGUUUGGGCGAUUUGAUGAAACCGUGAUUGAAGAAAGAAGGCAAUGUGCUGAAGACCUGUUGCAGUUUUCUGCUAAUAUCCCUGCCCUCUACAACAGCAAACAGCUUGAAGAGUUUUUUAAGGGUGGAGAGGUACAUGAUGGAUCUGAACUGAUCGGUCCUGUUGAGCCUCUGUCUGACUCACUGACUGACAACCUAUCUGACUGCAGCUCUGAAGUUCGGAAAGACUUAAGUGGACUUGAUGAUGUGACGCUUACAAGCCAGUCGGAAUGUGGAGGCUUCUCCAGUGAUAGCGACCUGAUCUCUUUGACAGUUGAUGUAGACUCUCUUGCUGAAUUAGAUGAUGGAAUGGCAUCCAACCACAGUUCUCCCAGUAGAGCUGUUGGCCUUUGCCAUACUUCUGAGCCCCCAGUACAAAGCGCUGUGGCAUCUGAGCAGGAGUGGAGCAAACCUGAAGGAGAAAGGGAGAGCCAUGGUCUGUUUUCUGGAAGCUUAAAACCCAAGCCUGGCAAACAAGAUUACUUAGAGAAAGCAGGCGAGUUGAUAAAGCUGGCCUUGAAAAAGGAGGAAGAAGAAGACUACGAAGCUGCUUUCAGCUUUUAUAGAAAGGGUGUUGAUUUACUUCUGGAAGGUGUUCAAGGUGAAUCAAGUCCAACUCGUCGAGAAGCAGUGAAAAGGAAGACUGCGGAAUACCUCAUGCAAGCUGAAAAGAUUUCCAGUCUGUACCAUAAAUCCUCUGAAGAUGUUUCUAUGCCUCCAGGAUCACUAAGUUCAAGGCCCUCUUGGAACCUAAGGAGCCCUGCCGAGGAACUGAAGGCCUUCAGAGUCCUUGGGGUGAUUGACAAGGUUUUACUUGUAAUGGACACUAGAACACAGCAGACUUUUAUACUGAAGGGUCUAAGGAAAAGUAGUGAGUACAGCAGGAGCAGAACGACCAUCAUCCCCCGCUGUGUGCCCAACAUGGUGUGCCUGCACAAGUACAUCAUCUCCGAGGAGUCUGUCUUUCUCAUAUUACAGCAUGCAGAAGGAGGAAAACUGUGGUCAUAUGUCAGUAAAUUCUUAAACACAAGUCCUGAACAGAGCUUUGAAAUUCCCGAAACCAAAACAUUCAGUUCAACUAAAAUUCUUCUUGAGCGGCCGACGCCCAGCCCUAAAGACAUUGGUAGCAGCACGGAUUCCAGAGAAAGCUGUGGGGAGAACAUGCUGAAGGUGGUCCCUCUGAGGAGCAGCCUGACGCCGAGCUCUCAGGAUGACAGCAGCAACCAGGAAGAUGGACAAGAGAGUUCAAAAUGGAUGGACUCAGCAUCCAGCUCAGAAGAAGAGUGCACUACGAGUUACUUAACGUUAUGUAAUGAAUAUGGGCAAGAAAAAAUUGAUUCUGGCUCUCUCAAUGAGGAGCCUAUGGUUAAAGUGGAGAGUCAAAGUCUGAAUAUUAAAGAGAAAAGUUCUUUACAGAAGUGCACUGUUGUUAGCAGUGAUAGUUUCAGCUCUCAUGUUCCAUCUCAGGAGCUAAAGCUUUUCAUUGAUGAUGGUGAAUCAGAAAUAGCCAGUCCUACUAGAAUAUUGGACUCACUAACCAAAUCAAAGAAGAGCCCCAUGGAACUCUUCAGAAUUGACAGCAAAGAUAGUGCUAGUGAGCUUCUGGGACUGGAUUUGGGAGAAAAAUUGUAUAACCUGAAAUCAGAACCUUUGAAGCCAUUGUUCUCUAUGCCAGGUCAUGACAGAAGCUUGGAUGCCCUGGAGAACAAAAUGGGUGUGAGAGCUCAAGACACCGUUAGCAGGGGUUCAAACGACUCCGUGCCAGUUAUCUCGUUUAAGGAUGCUGCAUUCGAUGAUGUGAGUAGUAUUGAUGAGGGAAGGCCUGAUCUCCUGAUAAACUUACCUGGUAUGUCUGAUACAACUGAGGAGGCAGCAGUGUCAAGGCCUGCCAAGUUUACAAAAACUGAUAUGGAUGUUUUAGAAGUAAAAUUACUAGAAACACCUGAUGUCUUACAAUUAAAUAGUUCUGCAGAGCAGUGCAAAGCAUUUAAUCAAGAGCCAAAUCGUGUGACACCAGAACUGGGUGAUCCUUCCCCCAGGGAAGUGAAUGGACAAAGAGGUGUCACUCAGGGAGCUCUCGGGACCCUUUUUACUUCUGAACCAGAGGUAGGUAGUUCAGAAGAUGGGGCUCUGUUUCAGGGGCCUGCAGCCUGCUCCGUAAACGUGACAAGCAAAGAAGAAAGUGUGCUUGUUUCCAACCUGCUCUCAGGUGCUCAAGAUGUUAGCUUGGACAGAGACACGAUAAGAAACGAAGCAGUGUUGCUGUUUUCUGAUCAAACUGAAGACUUUGGGAAAGAGGAAACAAACCUGUCUUUGUUACCAGCAGCUGAAAGUGAACAGACAGCACCAAAGAGGGAAGACAAAGUAGCAGUAGCAGGGGAGAAGGAUAUACACCAAAUUUUUCAGGACCUUGAUGAAAGAUUAGCGAUAACCUCCAGGUUUUAUAUCCCAGAGGACUGCAUUCAAAGAUGGGCAGCUGAAAUGGUUGUAGCCCUUGAUGCUUUACAUAGAGAAGGAAUUGUGUGCCGCGAUUUGAACCCAAACAACAUCUUAUUGAAUGAUAGAGGACACAUUCAGCUAACGUAUUUUAGCAGGUGGAGGGAGGUUGAAGAUUCCUGUGACAGCGAUGCCAUAGAGAGAAUGUACUGUGCCCCAGAGGUUGGAGCUAUCCUAGAAGAGACAGAAGCCUGUGACUGGUGGAGCCUGGGUGCCAUUCUUUUUGAACUGCUCACAGGGAAGACCCUGGUCGAGUGCCAUCCAUCAGGAAUAAACACUCAUACUUCUUUAAGUAUACCAGACCAUGUAUCAAAGGAAGCCAGGUCGCUGAUUCAGCAGCUUUUGCAGUUUAAUCCUGCGGAGCGUCUUGGUGCUGGCGUUGCUGGUGUUGAAGACAUCAAAUCCCAUCCAUUUUUUGCCCUCAUAGAAUGGGCAGAUCUGGUGAAAUGAGAGAUGCGCUCGCCCUCGGAACAAACUCAGGUCAAGUGGACAAUUUUCUCUGGCACAGAACAACACCAACUUUCUUCCUUCGGGUGUCCCAAAUCCUUGGACAUUCUAACUGAAGGACGCUGGACCAAUCAUGCCAAAAGCAAACACUUUUAACAGGACUCACCAUUGUGCAGGGUGCUAGCUUGUUUUUACGGCAACUGGCUGCUAUGUGUGUGUAAGUCUUUUCACCAAAGGGUGAUUUGUGAUGAAACUGCUGCCUAGCAUGCUUCACGCUGCCAGACUGUCAACGAAGUGACAGUGCCCUCCUGGUGCUUUGUCUGGUGAUGGAAGCGUCUGUAGAGUGUGCCAGUUGAAAAUAUCUUUUAUACUGUAUGUCAGUAGACCAUUUCCCUAUGCUAAGUGCAGCUGGAGGAGGGAGGGGAACAAAUAAUUUAUUAAUGGUAUAUGCUGAAUGAAAUACUAAAAUGCUUUCUGCAAAACUUGACACAUUAAAAAUAGUAUAUCCAUUAAAAAGUAAGAAAGCUGUUGCAUAAUACUGUGGAAUGUGUCUUGAAAAUGGCAUAUCACUUCAAACAGUGGAAAGAGCAUAUAAAAGGCAAAUAAUGCUGUCAAAUGUUGUACUUUGUUGGCUGGCACUGUCUGUUUAAAACUCUUGACUCUGUUAUAUUUGAUGAGCUACGUGUUAACGUCACUACAGAAAGGGAGACCUUUCCCUCAGCCAGAUAAACACUGCUUUUGCAACUUGAUAAGGAGCAAGAAGACACAGUGCUAAAUAAAUGUAUAGAUUACAAAAGGAAAA